GAGCCGGCCCGGCCGCCGCUCCCGCCCAAUCCUCCCGAUUCCGAGCCGCCCACCGCCCAGGAACCCUAGAACGCCGGGCACCGGCGGCGGAGUCCCAGCCGCGGACGGCGCCGGCCAAGCGCCAGGCGCGCCCCUCACCGCGGCUCAGGCGCUCGGCGGGCGGCACCGCGCACCCCGGGCCCGCGGCUCGGGUGUCGGCGCCACCUGCACCGCUGCACGGCGCUCAGGGUCGCCAGGGCCGCGCACGGUGCACGGCCCAGGGCGGCGGGCGGGCGGGCGGGCGGAAGCACUGCAGGAGUGCAGGAGGCAGGUCGGGGGGACAAGUCAGGCCAUCCUUAGCGAGUAAGGUGAACCCAGCUGUGGUGCAGGCACAAUCAGUUGCCAAGGAAUUUCUGUUGGCCCCUGGACCAAGCAGCAAUGAAGAUACUCAAAGCAAAUGCAGGGUCACUUACAAACUUUGAAGUUCUUGACUUCUUACGAUCAAGAGGAGCCAAAGUUGAUCCCAUGGGAUGCUUGGGGGUUGUUGCUGCAUCAGAGUGUAAGGCGUAUGAGUACCUCUUAAAAACCCCUGCUUGCAACCAGACAAGGGAAUCAAUCUACGAAUUUGUGAAGAGAAGUGAGGAUUUCAGGCUUGCAGAUGCUGAUAAGCUAAAUGUCAUUAAUUGGAGACCAUCCUCAGCUGCCGAUGCAUACGCGAUGAUAGAGGAAUGUGGGAGGCGAUUUAACAGGAACGAGCGAGGAGAAACAUGUGACGAAGAUGAAUGGGUCCAGGAAUUUUUGGAUAUGGUGAAGGAGGUUUUGCCACCACCACCUCCAAAGGCGGAGGUGGAGGGGGAGGCUGUGGAGGAGGCUGAGGCUGGGGCCGAGGCAAUGCAGGAGUGAUUGUAGUGUAGAUUACUGUGUUGCGGAGUCCAAUUGCAUGAAAUGCUGGUGCUAAAUUCUGCAUGUAGCUCAUAUGCAUCUACAUGAUCGUUGCAAAUAUUAUAGGCAGCUACUGUAUUCGGACUUACCUUUGACUUGUCAAUCUUCUCAAUGUACUAUUAUUUGACUAAUUUCUAAUGAAGCCUAGCUCGGUGAAACAUGAUUCAGAACA